UUAAUCCCUAAGUGUUGCCCCCAAAACAACUCAAGUACACCUUGAAUUUUCUUGAUGGGGUCUCACCCAGAACUCGCCGCUCGUGCUCUCCACACUGAUCUUCCAGUCAUGGUUAAGAUACGGGAGUUGAGCAAGGGUACCAAAGAUCUAAUGCCGCUGGGUCAGGGGGCUGUCUAUUGGCAACCACCCGACCAGGCUCUGGAGAAGGUUAAAGAGAAGGCAUGGGAGCCUUCAACAAGCCAGUACGGGACUCACGAAGGUCUCGCAGAGCUUAGGGAGGCAUUGAUAAAGAAGUUGCGGCAUGAGAAUGAAUUGCACAAGUCUUCAAUCAUGGUAACAGCAGGUUCAAAUCAGGGAUUUUUGAAUCUUGUGCUUACAUUAUGUGAUGUGAAGGAUUCUGUGGUACUGUUUGCACCAUACUUCUUCAAUGCAUACAUGUCCUUCCAGAUGACCGGCAUCACCGACAUAUUGAUCGGUACCAGCGAUCCCGAGACGCUUCUACCGGAUGCAGACUGGUUAGAAAGAGUUCUUUCAGAAACUAAACCAGCUCCAAAGCUGGUUUCCAUCACAAAUCCUGGAAAUCCAACAGGAACUUGCAUCCCAGACCCUCUCCUCAAGAGAAUUUCGGAAAUCUGCAGAAGGGCAGGCACUUGGCUGGUGGUAGACAAUGCAUAUGAAUACUUUACAUACGAUGGUUUGAAGCAUUCUUGUGUGGAAGGAAACCAUGUCGUGAAUCUCUUUUCUUUCUCGAAAGCAUAUGGGAUGAUGGGAUGGCGAGUUGGAUAUAUAGCUUAUCCAUCGGAAGCGCAGAGUCUCCGAACGCAGCUCCUCAAGGUUCAGGACAAUGUAGCAAUCUGUGCUUCAAUGAUUUCACAGUCCACGGCUCUGGGCUGCUUGGAAGCUGGGCGUGAGUGGGUGAGAAACCAAGUGAAAAGCCUUGUGAGAAACAGAGAGCUUCUUCUGGAGGCUCUGUCACCUAUAGGACAGGAUGCAGUGAAAGGAGGGGGAGGAGCGAUCUACAUAUGGGCAAAGCUGCCUGAGAAAUACCAAGAUGACUUUGCGGUUGUGUGCUGGCUUGCGAAGAGGCAUGGGGUGGUGCUUCUUCCUGGGAGUGCUUGUGGUUUGGCAGGGUGUGUUCGGGUCACGUAUGGAGCGAUUAGAGAGGCGGAAUGUGAAGUUGCUGCGAAGAGACUGAGGGCCGGGUUGGAGGAACUUAUGAGAGAUGGCAUGGUGGAGUGACUCCUCUCACCAUGUCACUGAAAAUGGCUGGUUCUUCUGGGAUUUUACAAUAUGCUAGACCCCGGACGUUUGUUUGUAAUUCAAGACAAUGGGUUAUAAAAGAGCCUUUAGUUCUCUACUUCCCAUGGAACCUACCAGUGAGGGCAAAGGCAUUCCAUAUCUAGCGGGUGUGAGUGAAUACUAAAAAAUUGAUAAAACCGAUCCAAUCCAAUUAAAAUUGAUCAAA